UCGACAUUCCACGUGUUCGAUAAUUAGCUCAAUAUCUCAAACAGUAUUGAACAGUAAAUCUAUACUUGGGUCGAAGAUCAGAACGAAACGUAGUACAACGAAUAGUUAACUAUAGGGUGAAGUAUUUUAUGAUUGUUUUAUGAUGUAACCUAUCGACCUUCAACAUGGAUGCCGGCAUGAGAAUUCAGAAUGAAAGCGUUAAAAUGAUGGAAAGACUUGACAAAGAAGUCAUGAGAAAGUUGCAGGGAGAAACAUUCCGAUGCAGUGCUAAAUGCUGUGAUGAUACAACCAGCAGCAUGAAUGAUGUCCAGCGUUGCAUGAACAUGUGUGCUGCUCCAAUGGAGAAACUACAAAGCCAAGUCGAGUCAGAAACACAGCAGUAUCAGAGCCGUCUAAGCCGUUGUGUGCAGAACUGCCAGGACCAAAUGCAGGACAGACUAGGUUCCAAUUCAAAUGUGACAGCAGCCAUGAAAGCAGAAGCAGAAUCUUGUGUCAAUGCAUGCGCUGAUAGUUUUAUAGGCAAAUUACCAGAACUAGAAAAGCGUAUUAAGUCAGUGUUGUUGAACCAUUAAUUUUUUAGGUCACCUGAUUGCUCAGGUGAGCUUUUGUGACCGGUCUUUGUCCGUCUUCCGUUCGUCGGUCCAUCCGUCCGUCGUCCACAUUUGGUUUGUAAAUACUCUAGAGGCCACAUUUCAUGUCCGAUCUCCAUGAAACAUGGUCAGAAGAUUUGUCCCAAUGAUAUCUCGAUCAAGUUCGAAACUGGGUCAUGCUGGGUCAAAAACUAGGUCACUAGGUCAAAAAAAACAAAAACCUUGUAAACACUGUGGAAGUUAAAUUUCAUGCCCAAUUUUCAUGUAACUUUGUCAAAAUGUUUGCCUAAAUGAUAUGUUGGUCGAGUUCAAAAGUGGUUCCGGUCCGUUGAAAAACAUGGCCGCCAGUGGGCAGGGCAGUUUUCCUUAUUUGGCUAUAGAAAAACCUUGUUAACACUCUAGAAGUCACAAUUUUUGCCCAAUCACCAUGAAAGUUGGUCAAAACAUUGGUUUUAUUGAUAUCUGGGACACAUUCGAAAAUGGUCCAGAUCUGUGAAAAAACAUGGCCGCCAGUGGGCGGGGUAUUUUUCUCUAUAAUAUGUAUAUAGUGAAAACAUGUGAACACUCUUGGAGUCACAUUUUUGGCCCAAUUUUCAUGAAAUUUGGUCAGAACACUUGUUUCUUUGAUAUGAGAGUUGAGUUCGAAAAUGGUUCCGGUCAGUUGAAUUAAAUUAAAUGGCUGCCGGGGGGG